AUGGCCACAGCUAACACUCCAGACUUUAACAAGGCGCUCUAUGCUCCUUUGUCCCAAAUUGACCCAGUCGUGCAAAACAUCAUAGACAAAGAGACAUGGAGGCAGUUGACCGGUCUCGAGUUAAUUGCUUCGGAGAACCUCACCAGUCAAGCGGUGAUGGAAGCCAACGGCUCUAUCCUGACUAACAAGUACUCGGAGGGUCUUCCUGGAGCCCGUUACUAUGGUGGUAACGAGUACAUUGAUGAGCUUGAGAACCUUUGCCGAGAACGUGCAUUGAAGGCGUUCAACCUCGAUCCUGCCAAGUGGGGUGUCAAUGUUCAGCCUUACUCGGGUAGUACGGCAAACUUUGCAGCUCUCACCGCUCUUGUCCAACCUCAAGACCGUAUCAUGGGUCUUGGUCUUCCCGAUGGUGGUCACCUUACCCACGGCUACUACACCGCCAAGAAGAAGAUGACCGCGUCAUCCAUAUACUUCCAGUCCUUCCCCUACGCCAUUCACCCCGAAAGCCACCUCAUAGACUACCCUGCUCUCGCCUCUCAAGCUAAGCUCUUCAAACCUCGUCUCAUCAUCUGCGGUGCUUCUGCCUACCCGCGUGAUUGGGAGUAUAACAAACUCAAAGAGAUCUCCGAGAAGGAAGGUGCUUGGUUGAUGUGCGACAUGGCGCACACCAGCGGUAUCAUCGCCGGCCAGGAACUCGCAAGCCCAUUCGACUACUGCGACGUCGUCACCACGACCACACAUAAAACCCUCCGUGGUCCUCGUGCUGGUCUGAUCUUCUUCAGGAAGGACCUCGAGAAUGCUAAGGACCUUGAGAAGAGAGUUAAUGAGGCUGUUUUCCCAGCUUGCCAAGGUGGACCCCACAACCAAACUAUCGCGGCUAUUGCCACUACCUUGCUGCAAGUCGCUAACCCCACGUGGAAGGUAUACGCUAAGCAGGUCGUCGCUAAUGCUCGUACCCUUGCCGCUUCUCUCGUUGAGCACGGAUACAAACUACAAACUGGCGGUACCGAUAACCAUCUCGUUCUUUGGGACUUGAGGCCUCUUGGUUUGACUGGUAGCAAGGUUGAGAAGAUUUGCGAUAUGAUGGGUAUCACUAUCAACAAGAACGCGGUCUCUGGGGACGCCUCCGCCCAGGUCCCCGGUGGUAUUCGUCUUGGCACAUCCGCCCUCACUUCUCGUGACAUGACCGAGAAGGAUAUUAAGGUCGUUGCUGACUUCCUUCACCGCACGAUCCAGCUCUCGCUUGCCCUCCAGAAAGAGGCUGGAACGAAGUUACUCAAGGACUUUGUCCGAGUUGCAAAUACUUCUCCUCAGGUUAAGCAGCUUAGGGAUGAGGUUAGGGCGUUUGCUAAGCAAUGGCCGUUGCCUGGCGUCGAUGCUGCGAACUUCAAGAAGCCCGAUGGUAUCCAUGAUGAUUAG